AUGAUUAUAAUUUCAAAAGCUGUCAUGGUCAUGAAGCUGCUUCUGGUGCUUCUCCAGGUGGCUGCAAAGUCUUUUCUAACUGAUCCUCACCUGGAUCGCGGCCUUUGCCCAUUGGGAAGAUUUCCGUGUGAGAACAUGACAGUUUGCCUGCCUCAGCCCCUACAUUGUAAUGGAGUGUUUGAUUGUAAUGAUGGAGCUGAUGAAGAGAACUGCGUGAACAACAUUGGGUGGCCCAAACUUUUAAAUGAAAUGCUCGCCGGUAACAGCAGGAAGAGCAGGAAAAAAGAGAUGACAGCCAACUGCUCCCUGGCACGGCACCCAGAGCCAUGUGCCUGCUCGGAGACGGCGCUGCGCUCCCAGGCUCGGGGCCUGCUGGCCGUUCCACAGGGCCUCUCUGACGUCUGCCGCGCUUGGGAUGCCUUUGAAGAGGGGGGCCCGCCCGAGCACCCCUGCGAAGGCGGCCAGGCUGACGUGCCUCAGGAUUUGAAGAAAAAUAAGAUCGCCUCCCUGCUGGAAAAUCAGUUUGUCCCCAGUGCGGGGCUGGAGUACCUCUUUUUGCAAGAAAACAGAAUUCAGUCAAUCUCUAGCUCUGCUUUUGCUGGACUAAACAAGCUCCAGAGGCUUUAUCUGAGUUCCAACCACAUUGUUUAUCUGAAGCCUCACAUCUUCCGGGACUUGCACAAUCUCAAAUGGCUAAUCCUUGAUAACAACAACAUAACGAAGAUCUUUCCAUCUGUGUUUGCGGGGCUGAAAUCUUUAUUAUUUCUGGACUUGCACAACAACUCCCUGAGGGCCAUGCCAAGCCCUUCCCUCUGUAUGGACCUUCCAAAGCUAAACUGGCUUGAUCUGGAGGGAAAUCAGCUGCAGACUUUGCAAAGUUCUGACUUCCAGGGAUGUGCUCAGAUAACUGUCCUGGCUCUGAACAGGAACAAGAUCGAAUGGAUCCAGGAAGGGACUUUUUUGAACCUGAACAGGCUGGUGGAACUGGACUUGUCCUCCAACAGAUUGAAGGAGCUUAUCUCAUCAUCGCUCCGUGGCCUGCAUGAGUUACAGCAGUUAAUUAUUUCAGACAAUCCUCUGCACCAGCUCUGUCCAGAUGUUUUUGACAACGUACCCCACUUGCGCUCUCUGGAUUUGGAAAGUCUGGAGAUCCCUAACAUUCAAACCUCUAUGUUUGAGAAACUUGUGAAUCUCUCUCACAUCUACUUUAAGAAGUUCCAGUACUGCAGCUUUGCCCCUCACGUCCGCAGCUGUAAGCCGAACACAGAUGGGAUUUCCUCCUUCGAGAAUCUCUUGGCCAACAUCAUCCUCAGAGUCUUUGUCUGGGUGGUUGCCUUUCUCAGCUGCACUGGGAACCUCUUUGUCAUCUUCACCCGGUCCUUCAUUGUCACUGAAAACAGCAAGCACACCAUGGCCAUCAAGUGUCUCUGCUGUGCUGAUUGCUUGAUGGGCAUCUACCUCUUUUCCCUUGGGUCGUUUGACCUCAAGUUCUCCAGAGAGUACAACAAGCAUGCCCAGAGCUGGAUGGCAAGCAAAUCGUGCCAGUUGGUAGGCAGCCUGGCCAUGCUUUCCUCUGAGGUCUCUGUCCUGGUGCUGACUUACAUGACUCUGGAGAAGUAUCUGUGCGUCGUGUUCCCAUUCAGCCACUAUGGGGCAAGCAAGAGGCAAACCUUUUCUGCCCUGGCCAUCAUCUGGCUUCUGGGCCUCUCCUUGACAGUGGUGCCCUUCUUGUGCAAGGAGUCUUUCGGCAACUAUUAUGGCAGGAAUGGUGUCUGCUUCCCCCUCCUGUCUGGGGAGAACGAGAGCCGAGGGGCCCGAGCCUACUCCGCAGGCAUAUUCCUGGGUCUGAACCUGGUGGCAUUUGUGAUCAUUGUAUUUGCCUACAGCAGCAUGUUUUAUUCCAUCCAUGCCACUGCAGCCAAGACAGUCAAGCGCAGCAUUUUCGCCAUGGAGGUGACUUUAGCCAAGAGGUUCUUCUUCAUCGUUUCCACAAAUGCCCUCUGCUGGAUCCCCAUCUUCCUCUUGAAGCUCCUUUUGCUGCUGGAUAUAGAGAUUCCAGGUACCAUGGCAUCCUGGGUGGUCAUCUUUAUCCUGCCCAUCAACAGCACCUUGAACCCAAUCCUCUACACUCUCACCACCAGCUCGUUCCAGGAGAAGCUCCAACAGUGGCUUCAGACGAACAGAUCCUCUCUGCAGAAGAGCCGGGGGAAAAGUGUUGUCCUCCCAUCCCUGCAGAGCACCAGCACCAGCCAUUUAGACUUCAAGAAUUGAGCAGUCCAAAGACACAACAUGUAAGGGUUUCAAGGGAUCUUAGAGAUCAUCUAUUCCAACACCCUGCCCACUAUUAGAAUCCACCACUGCAGACCCAGUAGGAAAACCAGGGAGCACCACCCGCUUGGCCGAGAAACUGACUGUAAUUGAAAGCAGCCACGUUCCUGUUCUUAGAGCUCCAAGUGUUCAUCCUGGAUUCCUCCUUAGUUUCCUUAGAUUGCUCAAUCACAGGACUGCCGUCAGCAAGGUGUACAAAAGAAACAAGCAUCUAGGGGCAAGGAGAUGCUUGUCGGUCAACCAGGGCUAGACUGAACAGGCUCUUUUGCUGCUCUUUGAUGGUUCUGGCCAGAGUCGAUUCCACCAUGCCACCCCAGGCUCAUUUCCCUCACUUUCUGGCCAUUCGGUGCCAGGUGUGCAGCGCUCUCUUUUCAGAUGAACAGAAUAACAUUCCUGAACGUUCUCUUGCAGUGAAGCUGUGAAACCGAGACCUCGGGUGUCACACUUUUUGCUAAAAUGGGAUAACUGUUACUGAACAAAAAGGAAGAAAAAAAAGCCCCCUCCACAUCAAUCCAUUACUGCAGCCUCAAGACAGGAGUUUCGGUAUAUGAUGUUGAGUAUCCUGAUCAGCCCCGGAUGUGAAAUGCCCCUCAUCCCUGGGCAGGGAUGUGUACAUGCUAGAUAGAGGCAAAGCAGUGCAAACAUGUUCAAGUGAGUGAGUGCCCCCCCAGACGUUGU